UUCUCUAAAAUUUUAUUUCAUUUUACUCUCUUUCGUAUUGUGUAUUGCGUAUGCUUAUUAAUUUUUUGUUGUUUGAUAUGUAUGGAAAGAAAGAUUAGAUUGAGAACGAUGAAGUAGAUGAUUAGAACUUUUAUUGUAAGCAGCACUUCUGCUUUCUAGUUAAGUUAAUAGAGAGAGAAUAUGAGUAACCUUUCUAUAGAAAAUACAGAAGAUCUGAAUAAUGUCUCUGCACCGAAACAAGCUAGAAUUACAUCUUUCCAAUCUGCUUUUAGUAACUUGAAGAAAUCCGAGUUUUUCAAGGAAGAAUUGCCAUCUCCUGAAACUUCUACAGCAAUAAUUUCCCAUAUAUCUAAUGUUGUUUUAGUCAAUCCAAAACAGAAGGGUAAUCCAUUGCUAAAGUUUAUAACAAAUGUUUCGUGGGAAUAUUCUGACAUUGUACCAGACUAUAUAAUGGGAAAAACUACAUGUGCUCUUUUCUUAUCUAUCCGUUACCACCAACUCAAUCCUGAUUACAUUCAUGAGAGACUCAAAUUGUUAGGCAAUGCUUACAAUUUGCGAGUACUCCUUGUGCAGAUUGAUGUAGCUGAUCCCCAUCAUGCUUUGAAACAUCUAACAAGAAUAUCCAUUCUGGCAGACAUGACAAUAAUGUUAGCGUGGAGUGCAGAGGAUGCAGGAAAAAUUAUUGAAACUUAUAAAAGAUACGAGACCAAACCCCCUGAUGAUAUCAUGGAACGCAGCAAUACAGCACCCUAUCAAAAGUUGGUUAAUGCUUUAACAACAGUAAGAUCUAUCAACAAAACUGAUGCAACAACACUUCUAACAACUUUUGGCACAUUGACUGAUAUUGUGAAAACACAACCAAAUACACUAGCCUUAUGUCCUGGAUUUGGAUUACACAAAGCUCAAAAACUUCAUAAAGUUUUGCAUGAAUCUUUUCUACGUACUUCAUAAACUUUUUUAUAAAAUGAAUA